AUGGGACAGCAUCCGGACUUCCGAUGGUGGGCAGGCAGAUCCAUGCUGGACUUUAAGGCCCAAGAGGGCUGGUGGUUCAGCUUUCCGCCACCCUGGACGGUGCUGCGACCGGUUGUGGAUGAGCUCGUAGGCGUUGCAAGGCAGACCAUGUCUGCUGGGGAGGAGCUGGCUUUGAUUCAGCUCAUUGUCAACUUUUACCAGAACGGCGAGAGCAGAGUUCGCCCUCACCGCCACCGCUGUCGGCAGGUGUGCCUGUCGCUGGGUGGCCCACGCUUGAUUGAGGUUGAGGGGCGGACCAUCACUAUGCAACAUGGCGAUUGUCUCCCGCUCUACGGUGAGGAGCAUGCGGUUCCACCACAAGGGGCGGCACAGCCCCGAAUGAGUCUUUGCCUCUUCUAUGCUUCGCGACAAGAGUACGAUGCCGGUGCUGGCGUGCUCACCAAUGGCAGCUUCUGGUGGUCCCAUCCUGAGGACUUGGAUGGUGCCACCUGGCAAUCUGAAAGCUGGGGCCUUGCGCGGGCCAUCGUUGACAAGAACGGCAAGUGGUGGCCACCUCCGGGCUGGCUGCGGGGCAAUGGAGCGGAGCCUGGCUGCAAACUGGGUGAAUGGAGCUACCGAUGUGGUUGGCGCAAUCGCAAUCAAUGGGACGACGCCGCCAUGUGGUACGCUCCGAGCCAGCAGCUCGCAGAAGUGGGGAACAGCGCGGAGGCGCUGCUGGAGAAAGAAGCCCAGGAAGCUGCAGACUACAUGGCCCGCGCGAAGGGCUACAUGACGGGCUUGGAGGGACCCCCAGAACCACCUCGCGGCACGGAAGUGGUCGAGAGCGAUGGCCCUGUAGAAGUCGACUCACCCCCUGCGGGCACAAUGGUUGAGAUCGAUGAGCAACAGGGGAACAACGUCGAGGUGAGCGAUGAGCAACAUGCAGCAGAUGAGAUCCUCGAUGAGACCAAGACAAUGUGA